AAGUUUGUUUAUUUACAAACUGUGUCCUAUUCUGCUGUGUAAAUUUAAAAUCAAUCAAUGUAAAAAACCGGCAACAGUAAAGUAAUUAUAUAUCAUUUAAAAAGUUUAAUAACUCCUUUUAAGAUGCGGGUCUUAUUGUCUUUUAGUUCGUUUAUACGAUUUUAUUCAAAAUCGUCUGCAAAACCUUUACGGAAGACAAAAUUAACGCAGGCUAAUGAGACGAAACCCCAAAAGUUUGUAGAUUUUCGAGAAAUCACAGCAACAGGUGGCAAAGGAGGAGAUGGCUGUAUAGCAUUUUUAAGAUUACCGAGAAAUCCAAAUGCAGGUCCAAGUGGAGGUGACGGUGGUCAUGGUGGCCAUGUAAUAUUACAAGCUAAUAGUGAAACAAAAUCCUUAGAUCAUGUUCCUCCAAUUACGAGAGGUUGUAAUGGAAUUUCAGGUCGUGGUAAACAUAUGCAUGGUGCAAAUGGUUCUGAUUUUAUUCUUGAUGUACCACUUGGUACGUUGGUCAAAGAAGAGGACAAACUAAUGUGUGAAUUAAACGAGCAUGACUCCAAAUUCGUUGCAGCAAGAGGUGGUGCUGGAGGACAUGGUAAUCAUUUUUUUCUUAGUAACGAAAACAGACAUCCUGAAAUUGCUGAACGUGGUGCAAAAGGUGAAGUUCGUAAAUAUACUCUAGAACUUAAAAUAAUGGCCCACAUCGGCUUGGUGGGUUUUCCAAACGCUGGGAAAUCUACUCUCCUCAGAGCGAUUUCCAGAGCUCGGCCGAAAAUCGCUUCCUAUCCGUUUACAACUCUGAAUCCUCAUAUUGGAAUAGUUCAUUAUGAUGAUUAUGUACAAUUAGCAGUUGCUGAUUUACCUGGAAUUAUUCCAGGUGCGCAUGAAAAUCGAGGUCUGGGAAUAUCUUUUCUUAAACACAUUGAAAGAUGUUCUGGAAUAUUGUAUGUCAUUGAUGUAUCGUCUAGUUAUGCAUUACAAGAGCUACAGCAACUUCAAUAUGAGCUUGAAAAAUAUCAAGAAGGACUUUCAACUAGGCCACAUGCUGUUGUAGCCAACAAGUGUGACUUAGAUUCUGAUGGUACAAAACUGAAAGAAAUUAAAGAGGCUCUUGAUAUUCCAAUAUUUCCUAUAUCAGCCAAGUUUGGGACUAAUAUUUUAGAUCUUUUGAAAUACAUACGUAAACUUUAUGAUGAGGGUGAUAAAAAAAUGAUUUGGUAGUUUUUAAAUAAAAAAUUUCUCAAUA